CAAAGCCAGCGUGAUUUAGCCUGAGCCACUGCCAAGCUCUGUAGCUGGACCAGCUCCUGACCUUUUUCUUCCCUGAUUUCUCUGGAGACAAAGGUGAGUGAGAAAGAAAGCUCUGUUGGAACCUCUUGUUGGUCCUCUUCUCCCCUUGUCAGUGAUCAGUGAGGACAAAAAAACCCAGCUGAAAACUCCCCCAGCCCUGCUCAACAGAGCAGCCCCUGCCUUCAGAGCACGUCUCACCACGUCCCUGCUCUGCCAUGCCCAGGGCAGCGAUGCCAAUGGGACCUGACAGUCUCCAACGUGCUGCUGCAAAGAGCUGGGAGGAGGGGAAUUACACAGAAAGGGAGAAAAAAGCUUCAUUGAAUUUAUUCUUUUCAGCUGCUGUGUGCUACCUCUAUAACUGGGAGUUAAAAAAUUCCUACAGAAAUGGCCUAAAUUGUUCCCAACCCUGUAAGAAGGGUACAAACAGCAGGUUAAAAAUCACAGCUGAUGGGAAACAGAGUGAAAGCUCUGAUCAAAGAAUGAUCCACGGGGAUGUAAAGCAAUUAGAAACAUUAGUUAAUGGCUUGUUCCUGGGGCUGCUUGUACCGAAGCCAUGGGGUUUGUUGGCACUGUGGUGAGAUGAAUCAGAGAAGCUUCUCAGUGCUAGUAUAUUUAUGGGGACAAGGUGUCUUCACUCAGGUGCUGGGUAUUUUUCAACCUCCUUCUUCCCAAUGGCAUUUCCACACCAACAAUCUUUCUGGGUAUUUGUUAAAACACUGCUCUGGAUGACACAGAUCUCUCACAUCCAAGCAGGAGCACCUUGAAUUAAGAGUUGUGCCAAAACCUUGGUCAUCACCAGACUAUGGCUGUGGUUUGAAUUAAGUGAUUUCUGCACAAUGAGUCAAAAAAAAGUCACAGGGUUGUUGGUAUUAAAUCCAAAGGAGUGAUUCUCUCUUACCAGGAGCAGUAACUGGGAUUGAAUGGGAAAAUGUUCAUUGCCAGCAGAGCAAACACGUUCUGCGGGGUUUGUGCCGGCUCAGCCACUCACUCUUCCCCAGUCUCCGCUUCCUGGCCAGACUGGGCUCCGUUAUGUUGUUUCUUCAGCCCCAUCUGUCCUAUUUUUUCCUUUUUUUAUAAGGUUCCUCCAUUAUUGAUGAUCGGGUGGCUCUGCCAUUGCAGCUCACGGGGUCUUGAAGCAGCUGGUGCUGCUGGUCAAACCCUUUUCCUGACACCCUUGGGAUUGCUGGGGCACGAGGCAGGGAUUUCUGGAUGCAGUGCCAGGGUUCAGAUCCCAUCUCCUCCCCAGACUGCUGCUUUCCCACUCCAGGAGCCAAGCUCAUCCCUGGGACUGGGGGCAGCUUCCUUGGGCAGGCCCGGAGUGUGUGGGGAGCCUCUGGGUUAUGGGGUUGCUCUGCAGUGAGGCCAGAGCCACCUCUCUUAAUUUUUUUUCCAAACAAAAGCAGGCAGCAGCGGGCAAAACUCCAAAGGGAAUGUAGAAAUUGGGGUGAAAAGGGUCUGAGCAUCAGGGCAGGGGGUGGCGAGCGAGCAGCCACGUGUGUACGUGUCAGGGUUAGAAAUCGCUGCUCCGCUGGGCACGCCGGAGGAGACGGAAAAAGACGCAGAGAAAAUCAGUUACCGCCGCGUUUUCCAAAAUCCCGAGCGAGCGUUCCUGCUCGCCGGCGCUUCCAAGAAACGGAGAGAACCGAGGAGGAAAAUUGCGGUGAUUCAUCGCGGGCAGAUCGGAGGCAGGAAAUGGGAGUUUGCUGCCUGCCCCGUGCCCGCCGUGGGCUCCGUGGGCUCCGUGGGCUCCCUGGGCUCGGGCUCGCCGCGGCCUGGCUGGCUGCGAGGGCCUGACACCCACGGCUCGAGCAUCCCUGCGCCGCGGCUGGAGCUGCCGGAGGAGCCACCGGCGAAGGGAAAACAACCGGCGGAGGCCGAGAGACGGAGCAGCGGGAAUUUUUCACCUGCGUUUCUCUGGAGACAUCCGAGCGAGAGCUGCCCGGACAGUGACCGGGGGCCGGAGCCAGGUUCCCCGUGCUUGCUCCAGCACUACCACCCUGGAGGGCUCCGGUUAACUCAGAUGUGACAUCGGAGUUGCUUAACCCCAUCCUGAUCCAGCCUUCACCCCCAAACCUCGCUGCCAUGAAGAAGAAGUCGGGCAAUGGGCGGGGACAGGACCCUGCAGCCCCCCAGCAGCGAGUCCGGUCUGUCACCAAGCCAGCAGAGUACGUGGGAUCCUUCAUAGUGGAGGAGCUGGACCUGCAGCAGCGAGCGGGGCAGUUGGAGGAGCAGCUGUGGGCGCUGAAGGACUGUCCCAGGAGGAGGCUGGUGGUGCUGAGGUUCAGCCUGCAGGGCCUGAAGGUGUACAGUGCUGAUGGGGAGACGCUGCUCAUGGCACACGCGGUGCGCCGGAUCCUGUACAGCACCUGGAGGCUCCCGGACCGCCAGUUUGCCUUCGUGGCCCGCAACCCCCACAGCCCCCCCAGCACCCUCUUCUGCCACCUCUUCGUGGGGCUCCCGGGAGAGGUCCAGACCCUGCACCUCCUCCUCUGCCGCUCCUUCCAGCUCUGCUACCUCCUGGCGCACCCCGAGGAGCAGGCGGCCGAGGGGGAGCUCCCGGGGCCGGGGGUGCUGCGGGAGCCCCUCAACCCCGAGGAGGUGUCACGAAAUGUCAACGCCCUCGUGUCCUUCCGCCGCCUGCCCGCGCCCGGCGGCCUCGGCCCGCUGGGCACCGGGGAGCGGCGGCAGGAGGCGGAGGGCAGAGCCUGGCGCCCGGGGAAUCCCUACUGCUCCCCGGUGCUGGUGCGCAAGAAAGCCAUCCGGAGCAAAGUGCUGCGCUCGGGAGCCUACCGGGACUGCGGGGCCGAGGGACAGCUCCACCAGCAGCCCCGCGACGCCGCGGCGGCAGGAGGGGAAAGCAAAGGGACGAGGAGUUUGGCCUUCCUGCCUGAAAACGAGAGCAUCCUCGCCGAGAGCGUGUGGUCCUUCGCUGGCAUCGCCAGGGCCGCCGGGGUCGCGCUGCUGCGGCAGGACGUGCCCGGUGCCUUCCUGCUGCGCCCCGAGCCCGGGCUGCCCAAGCGCUGGUGCCUGUGGGUGCGGGCGCCCUGCGGCGUCGUGUCCUACGGGCUGGUCAGGACACACCAGGGCAGGUUCUGCGUGGAGCACUCCAACGCCGAGUUCUCCAGCGUGGCCGCCCUCCUGGCCCACUACUCCGGGCCACCGGGGGGCUGCUUCUGCCGCCUGGCCCCCGGCCGACGCAACCCCGGCUACGAGGAGCGGGACCCCGGCAGCGAGGCCGGCGCCGGGGCGGGGGAGGCCGCCUGGGCCCCCGCCGCCCCCACCGGGGCACAGCACGAGCGGGGGUAGCCCGGGCCCCUCCCCGGGCACGGCUGUCCCCCGGCACCCCUCAGCUUUAACUCGCUGCCGCCUGCCUUAUCCCCGCUGCCCGGCGCCUCCCGCAA